AAUCUGCUGGGUCACACAUUAGUUAGACAUAAGCUAAUUGAGUUUGUGACGUAGUGGUAUUUAGUCACGUGGGUAGUAUUUAGUCACGUGGGUAGUAUUUAGUCACGUGGGGUGCCAAGGCUAGAACGUGUGACACCAAGUGAAGUAGAUGUAGACAUGGUGAGUCAAGCUAUGACGUAGGGAAGGCUGAAAGUGUCAUACCGAACCGGACACUGACAGGUUUACGUGAGUCUGGGACAAGGCCAUAAUACAACAGAUUCUAGAAUUGUGCUAUCCGAACAACGUGUCUGUGUGUGAUCAUCAAAGAGACUUCACAGUACUGCUCAAAUACUUUGCUGUGAUCAAGCUUUUGGCCAGAGACACGCUUGUCCGCAUUUGGACCAGCUGACCCUACAAUGCUCUCCAACAUUCGUCUCUCAAUGUUUCUGUUGACAGUUUCAAGUUUGGUAGUAAUCAUUGUUAUGGCUAAAUUUUUUGAAUCAACCUUGUUUCACCAACCGAUAUUUGAAGGGCGGACUGUUUACGUGAAUGACCACAGGGAAAUCGUCUACCCAGACUGGUUGUUGCCCAGAAGGCAAACCAUACCAGGUUCUUUUGAAAAUAGUCGAGCAGAGACAAGAGACCUCACGUCUGCUGCUACAUCGUCGUCGUGGCGUGUUUUGACCAGUGAGAUUGUUGUAGGCAGACCUUUUAACGUCAUUUUAACCUCUCGUGAUUGGCAAGGAAAUGUCAAGAGAGAGGGUGGAGAUUACUAUCGUGCUGUUUUAUAUGGAAACGCCGGCAAUGACACCGACCCGAAGCCACUGAGCACUCUGGGAGAAGUGACUGAUCUUUUGAAUGGAUCCUAUCUUAUCACAUUUGUACCGGCCUGGAGCGGACGAGCUGAUAUUAGGGUUGAGUUGUGGUUGGCAAGCAACACUGUAACGUCUGUGAAGAGCGCUGUAAAGCCCAACUACAUUUUCUUGUGUGUUUUCAAUGACGACUAUGGCAUCAGGGCUGACUAUCUCGGUCCGCAUAGUCGACAAAGUGUCAUGCAGAUACUGGAAGACGAGCAUGAGUACGAGGACGGGAGAGCGAGUGGUUUGGCAUUAGUAUGUUACAUGUCAUGGUAUGGUAUUCGAUAUGGAGACGUCAGUAACAAGAAGUCAUCGUGCCGCAUGAAGUUUCCUGCGAGUUAUAAACAGCGCUGGCACGGAACUUGUGUUGGUCCUCGCUCUCUCGGUUUGUCUGGGAAUUGUGGCUCCCUCAAGUGGUGUGUUUAUCAUAAUAGCAUGGCAGGAAGCAAUGCUCGUCAAAAGUACAUUGCCAGUCUUGAAACGGGUCCCGUAUAUGGCGACGUCGACUCGGUGACAGUUUCGGAGGCAGUAUACGACUACUGGACCACUUUUGGUAGUAGGGCAUGUCGACCACGGGCGGUAGUCCGAGCACAGGGCUAUUGGUUCGGUACGGAAUGGAUCAAUAGUCAGUGCUCUUUCUAUUGCAACAGCAAGAAGGAAUGGUGGAGAUGUUUAUCAAACAGAGAGCUCUACUUUAUUGGCGAUUCCACUAUCAGACAGCUUCACUUUCUACUUUUAUCAAGCUUGGGCAUAGCCAUUCCAAAAUCUCAGUAUGUCCCGGAAGAAUUGGAGAACAUGUACUUAGAGUAUUACAAUGCCACGAUUCGGUUCAGAAUGCAUGGUCCCCCUUUGUUGACGUCAAUGACCAUCAACUUUAAUUUGGCCACCUUCUCAGCUGAUGUCAUCGACCAAAUUCCAGGAAACGGAAACGAGAUUUUGGUCUUGAGUUGCGUCCAUCAUUUUAUUUCGAUGUCUCCUAAAGGAUUUGAAAUGCGCUUGCAGCAGAUCAUCGACGCCAUACGUCGCUUGAAGAAGAGAAGAAUGGGCAGAGCGAUUCCAAUCGUCGUUCGCACCGCCAAUUUCCGAGAAUUUGAUUCAUUGCGAGUUAACUGUUAUCGCGUCAAGUGGUACAAUGAGAUUUUAGCUAGAGCGUUUGUGAACGCAAAUCUCGGCGUCGUUGUCUAUGACGUGUUUGAUAUGACUGCAGCUGGUCGAUACCCUCAUUUGGUUCAUCAACCCAAGUACGUCAUGUCUGCGGAGAUGUCCCACAUUCUCAGCUUGGUCUGUUACAAAAGGUUUAGACACAGAUGAAUGACUUUCUGAUCGAUUUUAGGUUUGUACGUAAUGUUAGCUCUGUUAGUCUAAUUAGUAUACGUAUAGCUUGAUUAUAGAUAUAUACAGCUAUGCGAACUGAUUUAAUUAAAGAAUAUACAUAAAAUUGCGUUUACACUGUAUUUUGUAUGCGGUUGACUGUGCAUGCAACGCACAGUGUAGUAUUGUUUGUUGCUCAAGUGUUUUUGAAUUAAUAGGUUUUUGUAACAACUUUUAAGUUUUGUCGUUAGGUUCUUUUGUUCUUCUUGGUCAGCGAAUCGUAUCUCUAUUU